AUGCCGGAAGUUCAAAAUGUAUCUAGACUAGAAAAACCUUUGGAAGAAUACUGUUUUCCUCAUUCCAAUAUCUCUUGUUUGAAAGAUUCUUAUCAUGUGACAACUAAAACAGUGUUAUAUUUUUUACUGGUGUGUGCGAUGGCCAUUACAAUUCUUGGGAACUCUAUUGUCAUUAUCUCCAUAGCUCAUUUUAAACAACUUCACACACCUACAAACAUUUUGGUGAUGUCGCUGGCACUGGUGGAUCUGCUUCUGGGAAUCACAGUCAUGCCAUUCAGUAUGGUCAGGUCUGUGGAUGGCUGCUGGUACUAUGGUGAAGAAUUGUGUCUUUUACACUCAAGUUUUGACAUGUGUCUCACUGGUGCAUCAAUCUUCCAUCUGAUUUCUAUUGCAAUUGAUCGAUAUCAAGCCGUGUGUUAUCCUCUUCAAUACCCUACGAGAGUGACCAAAUCUGUCGCAUGGUUUAUGGUAGCUGUAAGUUGGACUGCAUCUGUAGUGUACUCUUAUAGUCUCUUGUUUACAAAAGCAAGUGUCGACAGUGGACUCACAAAUUGCUUGGGAAAUUGUAGCCUUUUUAUGAAUGCAUUUUGGGCUAUUUUAAGUAUAGUUAUAGGAUUUAUUUUACCAUGUUGUGUUAUGAUUUGUCUUUAUGCUCAAAUAUUUUUCAUUUCAAAAAAGCAUACAAGAAAAAUUGAGGGUGUGAAGCAGGGCAGAAAUUAUUUAACUGUAAACAAAUUUUCACAAAGAGAAAAACAUGAGAACAAAGCAGUAAAAACUCUCGGGAUUGUUGUGGGAGCCUUCAAUUUUUGCUGGAUGCCAUUUUUCCUUACUUCUCUACUUGAUCCUUUUAUAAACUUUGUCACCCCUUUGUUACUUUUUGAUGUUUUUGUCUGGUUGGGUUACAUUAAUUCCACUUUAAACCCCAUCAUAUAUGGCUUUUUCUAUCCUUGGUUCAGAAAAACACUAUCUCUCAUUGUUACACUAAAAAUAUUUGCUCCUCAUUCAUCUGAUACAAAAGUAUAUACAUCAUAA